AAUACCUCACAUUGAAUGAAAGAACUCUUGAUAUCGGCCAGACUUGUAUCGUCCCGCGACAACUUAACAAGCGCACAUUAAAGCGUGGACAAGAGAAGAAUUCCUUCAGAUAGACCAUAAGUAUACCUUCAGAUAGACUUUUCUUGUACUAAUCUUCGACCAUGUAUAGUUAUAAAGUUUUUGGAUGUGUUUUAUUCAUAGCCUGUGUGUGGGCGGCUCCGGUGUCCGAAAAAUCAAACAAAGGUGAAGAGAAAAGAAGCGCAAAUCAAGUACAAGAUCAAGAAAAACAACUAGAGAGUCUUUUGUCCCUAGCAGGUAAAAAUAUUCAGAUCCCAAACGUUGCUAUUCAUAAAAGUCACACGACACACGUUGAAAAUACAAAUGGACAAGAAGUUAAACACGAAGAAGUAGAACAAAGAGUUACCAAUACGCAAACAGGAGAAGUCGUAUCUGACGUACAACAAGAUGUUACAGAAAGUAAAUCACCAAACAGCAACGAACCUCACAGAGUAGUUGAAACCAAAGUCGAUAUUCCAGCCGAAGACAUCCAUAAAACGAUCAUACAAAAUACCGCUAAGGAUGGAGUGGAGGAUGGCAGCGAUGAAAGUAUUGAAUUCACACCCACGGCUGUUGCCGAAUAUCUUCUGGAGACUGGAGAAUUUGAAAACUUUUAUUCUGCUUUACAAGAUCUGGUGAACUCUUCAGUUAUGACCGAAUCAGAAGCCGAGAAUUAUCAACAGGAAGUAAUGGCUGAAUACCAGAGACUUCUCGCUGAAAUUGAUGCUUACCAAGCUGAAUUGUCACAACAGGAUUCCGUCCCAACUUACUACCCACAGGCUUACCAACCACAGGUUCCUCAGAAAAAAUCAAACGAUUUGUACAAAUAUAACGAUUACCAAGGAGCUUAUAACCCAGAUGAACUAUCCCUUGAGAACCAGCAAGUUGUACAAGAAGCAUUGAUCAAUAACCAGAGAUCACUGAGUGCUGCCAUUGACGCUUUACUUGAAGCCUGGUGGAAUCAAGCAUUCGAAGCUGGUGAUGCUCGUGCUCAGGCUCUUGUUGAAUAUUUAUACAGCAUCGUUUCUAAAGAUGAUGAUAUGGAUGAUAUCGGCCAGAUCCGAGAGAUUCUUGCUGAAAUGUUAGCCAGAGCUUUGAUGGAAGAUAUGUCAGAGACUGAACAAUCUCAGCCAGUUAUCAGUGAAGAAGACGGUGAAGAUACUUCCAGCAGCUCACAGUCAUCUUCUGAAUCAGACGAAUCUGCGGAAUCAGAGGAAUCUGCGGAAUCAGAGGAAUUACCAGAAGAAUCAUCAAAUGAAGAUGAAGAUAUGUCAUCUGAAGAAAACACUGAAAGUUCCUCAAACGAAAGCUCAGAAGAAACUGAGAAUAAAGUCGCUACAGAAGAAAAACCAGAAGCACCUGUGGUACCUGUGCUCGAUAAAACAGCUAAGAUGUAAUGUGGAAUGUGCUUAAUAAGUUUUUGUUCUAAAGAGAAGAGUGGAUAUAUUUUGUUACUAAUAAUUCUGCUGAUGUGUUGGAAACAUAAAUCGUUUUUAUUCAAAUUAUAUCUUAAAAGGUCAUUUGUUAUUUUUGUUUUAAGAUAUAACACAGAUUAUCAUAAUGUUUCAUUCGGCUAACUGCCAUAAAAAAAACCAUUUUAUCCCCCAAAAAGACACUGGUGAUUGAAAAACGAUUUAGAAAAAUAAUGUGAUUAACUCGGCUCAUGACGUUUUAAAGGUGAACGAUAUGGAAACAAUGUCUUCUUCAGUUCUUAAAUGUCUUCAAAAAGCCAAAAAUUAUUUUUCUAUGUAAAAUGGCUACUGUGCAAAAAGUUAUAUUUUAAAAUAGUAGGUAGCAGAACACAAUUUGAAAUAUUGAGGUAUUAAAUUUGAUCAUUUUUGAGAAUACUAAAUACCCGAAAUAUCUCAUGCUUAGUAAGAAAAAAACACAUGCCUUAUCUUAUUGAUUUCGUGACUUAAUAAUUAGUGUACAUGUACAAUAUUGUGGUUUAUGGCAUGUAACUUUUCACCACUUACCCCCGACCAAAGGGCUCAUCGAGACGACGUAUAAGGUACCGGCAGUUGUUGAGAAUGGCGGUUGAAUGAGUGGAUGGUGUGAGUGCGGUUCGGACCAAACGACAUUUUUGUUUUUGUCGAAAUUGUAAAUUAACCUAAAGAACCAAAGAUAGGAGAGCGAUAGAGUGGGUUAAUUAAGUGAUAGUGCUGGGAAUAUUUUAAACGCUCAGAUCGGAUGUGUAUGCUGAGAGAGAAAUAUAUAAUCCCACCACACAUUCCCUGUGAAGUUAUUCCAAUUAAAUAUGUUAGUGUUCAGGUUUAUCUAUGUUUAUAUAUUGUUAUGUUUUCAUUAUACGUCAACAAUAAAUUGUACACAUUGUAAAUACAUAUUGUACUUAAUAAUACAUCACAUUUCUUUGGUGCUUGUGCAGAUCUGUGCGUUUUCGUUAUACAUAAUCUCUCUUUAUUGUGGAGAAAACGAAACUCUUUUACCCGUUAUCUUCUUGUCUAGCUUUAAAUACACUGAUUUAUAAAUAUACUUGAUCACAACAGCGUUAAGUUCAAGACAUUUUUCUUCAAAUUUAGAGAUCUUUUGGAACUGUAUAUACAAAAAGAGAAUGUUUUGUUCAUUUUACUUUUAUCUUUACAGAUUACUUCUGUAUUCCUUUCCGCCAUAAUUGUUUUAUUUUUUCGUCCCCAAACUUAGAAGAGUUUUGUUUUUUUCUCAUAAUUGAACAUAAUGUACAUACAUAAAAUAUUUAUCUAUUAAAAAUGUUAAAAUAUUGUUACAAUUUACUAUACAGUGUACAGCGACGCUACAAAUAAAUUUUAUUAAUUAAAACAUAACGUGUGUUUGGACUUACUAUUAGUAACAUAUACUGCUGUUAACGCACUUGGAGUUUUUCUUGUUUUAUGAAAACGCACACCUCUGCAGUGGCUAUAUAUUGAGCAUCUUCUUCUAUUUUUGUCAUUGUCAAAUACUGGUUGUGUUGUAAUAAAAAAGGGAAAAUU